CCAAGGCCAGGGCACUUAAAUUACAGAGGCCCAAACAAGGAGUCGGGUCACAGUUGGAGGCAGACUCAGAGUGAGUUAGAGUUACCAGAUGGGAAUUUAAGGAGGCUGACUUGUAAAUUUAUUGGAAGAUUGUCAGAAACGGUCAAUCAAAGACGUUUCCAGGCACCUGCGACGCUGCGUAAGGCUCAGGUGGAGCAGCCAUGUCCACCGGCUCCGCUGCCAGUGAUGCUGAGGAGGAAGAGAGGCAUCAUGGAAGGUCCCGUUUAAAGAGGAAGACUACCUGCUAUAGUCCCGAGCGCUUUUCCGAAGAGGAAGAUGACAGGAGGAGGAAGCAGGCCCACAGCAGCAGCRGACUCUCUGAGCCGCACCAGAAGGAGGCGCGGCAGACGCAGAGGAAYGCGGCCAACGCGCGGGAGAGGGCGCGGAUGAGAGUGCUGAGCAAAGCCUUCUCCAGGCUGAAAACCAGCCUGCCCUGGGUGCCUGCGGACACCAAACUGUCCAAGCUGGACACGCUCCGUCUCGCCUCGAGCUACAUCUCCCACCUCAGACAGCUGCUGCAGGAGGAGCGCUUCGAGACCAGCUUUGCGCACCCAGUUAGUCUGACAUGGCCAUUUCUGACCACCGGACGACCAGAGGAGGACAUCUCAGCCUCUAUAAGACUUUGUGGUGCCACAGCAUAGGCCCUCAGCAGCUCAAACACAACCUGCAACAGGACUCAGAAACAAACCUGCUUUGAAAAACUUUACACCAGUGGGACUUUGUGACUUAACACCUUUUUAUGUCAUUGUAAAACCCUGUUUUUUGCUUUUAUAUUUUUACUGUCUUCAGUGCUUUUUUUAUAUUUUUGUUUACAGUUCGAUUAAACAUUGUGGGUUUGAAAUGUUACCCUGAAGUAAAUUAUACUGCUUCACAUCCCAAAGUAUUGCUUGAUACUUUGAUUUAUUAUGAUGCUGAAGCAGAUAUUAUCUGCAAGAUUAAAUAAAUAAUGACCUUA